GGGGAUUGUUUGCACGGUGCCUGCAAGCCGAAGGCAACGGGGCGAGGGUGGAAGCAGCCCCGCCAACGCCAAGAGGGAAACCUCCUUCGGGAGGCGGCGCGGCCUCGCUGGGUUACCGACACUCAAGUCUGACUUUGCCUCCUUUGGAAGAAACGAGGGGAAGAACAUUUGAUGGCGGGUAGCCAGAGUUCGGGUGUAAAGAAGGUCACUAGCACCAGCUCCGGUGAUCGUAGGAGAAAACAUUCAUGCUCCGUAUGUGGGAAAGGUUUUGCUCAGAAGUCGGGCCUUGUCUCCCACCAGAGAGUCCACACUGGAGAAAAACCUUUCAAGUGCUCUGAAUGCGGGAAGUGUUUUGCUGACCGUUCAACCCUGACAAAACAUGAGAGAAUCCACACCGGCGUAAAGCCCUAUAAAUGCUCAGAGUGUGUAAAAUGUUUUGCCACAAGAGCAGAAGUGAUAAUACACCAAAGAGUCCACACGGGAGAAAAACCCUAUCCGUGUUUGGACUGUGGGAAAUGCUUUGCUCAACGUUGUCAGCUUGCAAGCCACCGGAGAGUCCACACUGGGGAGAAACCCUACCAGUGCCUGGACUGUGGGAAAUGCUUUGCUCACCAGUCACCCUUCGCGAGCCACCGGCGAUAUCACACAGGCGAGAAGCCUUACAAGUGCGUGGAGUGUGGGAAAUGCUUCAUUCAGCAUUCACAGCUGGCGAACCACAAAAGGGUCCACACUGGGGAAAAACCCUAUAAAUGUACCGAGUGUGGGAAAUGCUUUGCUCAGCAGUCAGCCUUUCUGAACCAUCGAAGAAUCCACACGGGGGAGAAGCCGUACCAAUGCUUAGAGUGCGGGAAAUAUUUUGGUCAGCAGCCGCACCUCGUUAGCCACCAGAAAAUCCAUACAGGGGAAAAACCCCAUCGAUGCUCAGAAUGUGGGAAAUGUUUUGCUGCCCUCUCGGCUCUUACAAGCCACCAGAGAGUCCAUACGGGAGAGAAACCUUAUAAAUGCACAGAAUGUGGGAAGUGUUUUUCCGUUCAGUCCAGCCUGGCGUGUCACAGGAGACUGCACACAGGAGAGAGGCCGUUCCAGUGUUCGGAGUGUGGGAAACAGUUUGCGGAUAGCUCAACCUUCACAAGGCACAAAAGGGUUCACUCGGGCGAAAAGCCCUUUAAGUGCUCACAGUGCGGGAAAUGCUUUGCGGGACAUUCGGGUUUCGUACAGCACAAGAGGGUCCACACGGGAGAGAAGCCCUUUAAGUGCUUAGAGUGUGGGAAAUGUUUCCCAUACCACGCAGACCUUGCACGGCACAAAAGAGUCCACACGGGAGAGAAACCCUACAAAUGUUUUGAGUGUGGGAAAUGUUUGACCGACACCACCUCUUUUGUCGGUCACCUCCGCAUCCACACAGGAGAGAAACCGUAUAAAUGUCUGCAGUGUGGGAAAUGUUUUGCUUACUCCUCAGGGCUGGUCAUCCACCAAAGAAUCCACACGGGAGAAAAACCUUACCAAUGCUCCCAAUGUGGAUGGGGCUUUGCUGACCCUUCGGCCUUUUCCAGGCACCUCAGAACCCACCAGAAAGAGAAACCUAAAAAACGAGGCAGGCGUUCUUCCAAGCAAUAAAACCUGUAUAAACGUUAGAGAAUGUGAUAAGGUGAGCAGUAGCAGAGCACAACAGAGUUAAUAAGCCCUUACUGAGGGAAAAGAGUAGCAUUUUCUCCCCUAGACUGUAAGCCCACCUGAUAUCUGAAGAAAGCUAGUACAGUGGUGCCUCGCUUAACGAGCACACCGUUUAACAACGAAUCUGCAUAGCGACGCGU